ACACCUUGUUAAGGACAGUAGAAUCGUGCAGAACGAGAAAAAAGUGUUGUAAAUUGGAGUAUACCAAUUUUUACUUGUUACUUCAACAUGAUUCGUUUGCAAUCUAACGUAGAUACAAUUACGAUUUUCUCUGUGAAAACUCAUAGAGAGUUUAUCAUUACGUUUAAAAAUGUGUUUAACACACGUUGUCCCAUGAGAAGACUUCGCGCAUGUGUUCGCUAUCAAGAUUCUAAUUCAUUCGAAUUUGGUUAGAAAAUCGGGUAAAUGUCGAGGCAAAGAACAUCGUCGCACGAAGGUCAACUAAAGAUGUGAUGUGUGAUGAGUGAUAAGCAGACUGCACCUACUUUGCCGCCCCUUAACGGGGGUGGAGGAAACAAUGGGGGAAACAAUGGAGGUGCACCACAACAAACUGUUAGUUUACAGCAAGUUCUUGCCACUGCUCAAGGACUUAAUGUUCUUACUACUAGUGCUGGACAGCAGUUUGUUAUUACUUCACAGGUUCCUGGCCUUACACAGGUCAUACCAAGUAAUGCAACGACAAAUGCAAAUAUUCAACAAGUUGGUGUUACGAGAAUCGUUAAUAUCACUGGCACGCCCCCACGUGCAAGUCCUGUGGGAGUCGCGGGUGCAAGUAAUUCACCUCUUGCAUCUCCCUCCCGCCAGAAUUCGCCAAAAGUGGUUUUAGCAACAUCGCCGAAACUUGUUCGAACUUCUAUCGGGAGCAUGUUUGUCACACCAACAUCUCAAGCCUCUAUGCAAUCACCACCUGCGAAGAAAAGGCUGAAAUUAACCGAUUCCACUGAAAAACCGACUGCUUGUGCUGACGAUACGAUGAGCUAUAGAAGAAGAAUUAUGGAACAUAAAUUGAAAAGAAUGCGUGUAAUAAGAGAGAAAUAUGCUGAAAAUGCAUCAGAGUUAUUCUUUCUUCAUGCUGGAGGCAAUAUGAUGGAUUUUCAAACUUGGAGGAAGAGACCACCAACGCCUCAAUAUCUGCAUUUUUUACGUCAACAUAGAUUAGAUCCGGAAGAUGAUGAUGAGGAUUUAACAGUGCCACUGCCAGUGAUAUCAGAAAUUCCACUAAUACCUACUGUAACAACAACUGUUUCCACAAUAGUUCCUGUGAGUCAGUGUACAGAAGUAAAAAUCUCGGGUAUGAACGUUACACCAGUUGCAGUAUCCACAACAUUGCCUGCUGCAGUAGCUCAACUUAAUCAACAAGGACACGUACCAGGUAGGCCUCAAGGGGGCCGCCAUGGCAUGGUAUUUGCCUUCAGAGCAGCAAUUCAAUCUUCACCAGUCACCGUUCACCCUCCACCUACUUCUACUCUAGCACCUGCGCUCAUUAUAGGUAGUGCACCAAUAGUUCCAGGUUCGCCAAAGCCUAUAACAACAAUAGCAGCAAGUAGUGUAGCAGAUAAAGUUUCUUCAAUAGCUACGACUGUUACGACAACAACAACAACAACAGCAACUACUACUACUACUACUGUAACAAUUAUUCCUACUGCCCCUCUAACUGCAACUACUACCACUACUACAGCAAAACCAUUAGCUUCGCCUACCACUACUCCUGCUCAGCCUGUUAUAAAACUUGUUAAGUUACCUGCCUCUAAUGCGGCUAUAUCAUGUGAUAUCACGAAUAACCAAGAACAAAUUGUAGAAAAGGCAAAACAGGAAGCAUAUGUUAUGCAGAGGAUUGCCGAGUUGCAACGCGAAGGAUUAUGGUCGGAAAGAAGAUUACCUAAAGUACAGGAACCACCUCGUACAAAGGCUCAUUGGGAUUAUUUAUUAGAGGAGAUGGUUUGGUUAGCCGCCGACUUUGCUCAAGAACGAAAGUGGAAGAAAGCUGCCGCAAAAAAAUGUGCUCGCAUGGUACAGAAAUAUUUCCAAGAAAAAGCAAUUCAAGCACAAAAAGCUGAAAAAUCACAAGAAUUAAGGCUAAAGAAGAUUGCUAGUUUUAUUGCAAAAGAAAUUAAAACGUUUUGGACUAAUGUCGAAAAGUUGGUGGAAUAUAAGCAACAAACGAGGCUCGAAGAAAAAAGAAAACAGGCAUUAGAUCAACAUUUAAAUUUUAUUGUUGGGCAAACGGAGAAAUAUUCAACAUGGUUGACAGAAGGACUUAAUAAACCUGAUGGUUCUCAAAGUAUACCAGCCUCUAUCAACAGUUCACGAAUAUCUUCGCCGAUUCCUCCUAGCAAAUCUCAUUCUGACGAGGAUUUUCAACCAAACCAAAGUUCAGACGAUGAUGAAGAAACUAUAGCUAAAGCAGAAGAGGAAUUAAAGUCUGUAACAAAUCAUAAAGAAGAAGUUGAGUUGUUAAAGAAAGAAUCGGAAAUACCAUUAGAAGAUCUUUUGAAAGAUUUGCCACCCAACUACUUAGAAAAUAGGAGUAAAAGCUUAUCACCCGCGCCAAAAGAAACUGCAACAGAAGAAAAUGAAAAGACGACAGAUGGAGAUACAGAUUUUGUUGCGGCAUCGGACGAAUCCUCGGAUGAAGAAGAAACUAUCAUGGAACAAGAAAAAUUGGAAGAAAAUGCAGAUUAUAAACAAGAAUUGGAUGAUCUUAAAGCUGAAAAUGAAAUGUCUAUUGACGAUCUUAUGGCCAAAUAUGGCAAUAUUCCGGACGUUCCAAUGGAUGUUGAUCAGGAAGGUCCUGGUCAAGAGUCGGAUAAAGAAAGUGUGAAAGAAGACGGUCAAGAGAAUGACGAAGAAUCUACCAGUAAUGAAAGUGAAAGUGAAGAAAGUGAUAAUGAAAUCGGAGAAGAAGAGUCUCAAACGCAGAGCGAUAAUGAAGCCGGUGUUGGGCUGAAAUCUCUCCUAGAAGAUAUAUCUAUGGAGAAAUCUUCAGCUGACAAGACUGCAAACAUGGAUCACUCGGAAGCUCACAAUGAAAUGGAUAACGUAGCGGCACUGGCAGAGAGCAUUCAACCUAAGGGAAAUACAUUACUUACCACCAGUGUUGUUACGAAAAUACCAUUUCUAUUGAAACAUCUUCUCCGAGAAUAUCAACACAUAGGAUUGGAUUGGCUUGUUACAAUGUACGAAAGGAAAUUGAAUGGCAUUUUGGCCGAUGAAAUGGGUUUGGGUAAAACCAUUCAAACGAUUGCCUUGCUCGCACAUUUGGCGUGCGAGAAAGGUAAUUGGGGCCCACACCUUGUAAUAGUACCGACGUCUGUAAUGCUUAAUUGGGAAAUGGAAUGUAAAAAAUGGUGCCCUGGUUUUAAGAUUUUGACUUAUUAUGGAACACAAAAAGAAAGAAAACAAAAAAGGACAGGUUGGACAAAACCUAAUGCUUUUCACAUAUGUAUAACAUCGUAUAAAUUAGUUAUACAGGAUCAUCAAAGUUUUAGAAGAAAAAAGUGGAAAUAUCUAAUAUUGGAUGAAGCUCAAAAUAUUAAAAAUUUUAAAUCCCAGAGAUGGCAAUUAUUACUGAAUUUUCAAACCCAGAGGCGAUUAUUGCUUACUGGUACACCUCUCCAGAAUAAUUUGAUGGAGCUCUGGUCUUUGAUGCAUUUUUUAAUGCCAAAUGUAUUUCAAUCGCAUAGAGAAUUUAAAGAAUGGUUUAGUAACCCCGUUACAGGAAUGAUAGAAGGAAACAGCGAAUACAAUGAAAAUAUUAUUCGUCGUCUGCAUAAGGUUUUACGGCCUUUUUUGUUACGAAGAUUGAAAACUGAAGUAGAAAAACAAUUGCCCAAAAAAUACGAGCACGUUAUAAUGUGCCGUUUGUCAAAACGACAACGAUAUCUGUACGAUGAUUUUAUGUCUAGAGCAAAAACAAAGGAGACUUUGGCUAGCGGUAAUUUACUGAGCGUCAUUAAUGUAUUAAUGCAAUUACGGAAAGUGUGUAAUCACCCGAACUUGUUUGAAGUGAGACCUACAGUGUCGCCAUUUCAAAUGGAAGCUAUUGAAUUUGUUACAGCCUCUUUAAUAUGGGGUGCUCUUGAUUACAAUCCAUUUAAGCAUAUCGAUUUAUGUAGUAUUAAUCUUUUACUAUGCGAUUUGGAGUUUACCUUUACUGCAUUUGCGGCACAUAGAGUAAGACGAUUGCAGACGCCGCGAAAGCUUAUAGAAGAAAUAGAUAGCCAGCCGGAUCCACCCCCCAGAUGCCCAUCUGGAAAAAUUAAAAUCAACGUUAGAUUGUCUAAUCAAGUUAAACCAUCAACUAUGCCUCAACAGACUCAAACAAAGUUAAAGAAUUUUGCUGGUAUAUUGCCUACCCCAAGAGUUGGAACAUCCCCCUUAAUAAAAACAAUAAAUAAUCAGACCACUACAGGACAAGGUAAUUGUGUCACUUUGAGAGUUGCAAGUGGUCAACAAUUACAAGGAUAUUCCGUACAAUUAGUACAACAUCAGGGUAGCGUCAAAGCCAUUCCUGUUGGAACACUAGCACAUAACCCACAAAGUACAACAGUGACACCAACUACAGCAGCAACGAAUGCACAGAGGAUUACAGUAGCAAAUGCAAAUAUCAGAGAUGGACUGCAACGACUAGCCACGCAGACAGUCACAGUUAAACAAGGUGAUUCCGUCCAAAGAAUAGCAGUGCCUAGUUUUGCACAGCUGGUUCAAACAUCUACUGGUAGACAUAUCAUUCUGACUUCGAAUCAGCAAAACACUAACACAGUUUCGUUUCCAGUAAUGACACCGAGUGGACAACGUUUAACGGUUUUAUCUAAAUCUUUGAUGGGCUUGUCUACCUCGGCAACUGCGGUAAAUAAAGUUGUAGGGGGAGUAGUGACAACGACAAGUGGAGCAAGUGGAAGACCUGUAAUGAGGGUGCCACCUUUGAACGUAACCGCUUCUCAAGUGCAGUCUUCUGCUGGCAAUGGACAAUCGCCACAACAACCGAUUCGUUGUGGUAUUGUUACCAGACAUGCACAAAAAGAAUCUGAAAAGGCACAAAUGAAAGAACGUCCGAAGUCCGAAUUUUAUUUGCCACAAUUGGAAGAAGAGCGGAGACAGAGAAGACAGGCCAAACUUCGUCUUAUUGCAAAAAUUAACGAAAGAAGAUGCGCGGCAUGUCCUCUGUAUGGCGAAGAUUUGUUUAUGGCAUUGCGAAUUGGGAAACCGUCUACGGCAUGUCGAUGGCAUAAUGGUUGGGUACAUUGUAGUACUGCUAAAGAGAAUGUGCGUACGCGAAGGCAAUUUUUUUCUCGUACAGAAGCGCUUGCGGAGGCGAUAAACAGUACAGAACAAAUCGUCGAAGAACUUAAAGAAGUGUUUGAAAGGUUUGUUGUUCAUGUUCCUGCUGUGUGUGCACCCACGCCGCGUUUUCAUGUUUCUCAUCCACCUCCCCAUAAAUUAUUUGGUCAACGACGUCUGCAAAUGGAAUUGCAACGUCAAAUAUCGCCGAAAUUUGCAUUGUUUCAUCCAGUAACUAGUGCAAUGAUGACUCAGUUCCCAGAUCCCAGAUUAAUACAGUACGACUGUGGGAAACUGCAAUCUUUGGAUCGACUUCUCAGGAAACUCAAAUCCGAGAAUCAUAGAGUUCUAAUUUUUACACAAAUGACAAGAAUGUUGGAUGUACUGGAAGCUUUUCUUAAUUUUCAUGGCCAUAUAUAUUUGCGUUUAGAUGGUACUACCAGGGUAGAUCAACGACAGGUUUUGAUGGAGAGAUUUAACGGGGACAAGCGGAUAUUUUGUUUCAUUUUAUCGACGAGAUCCGGAGGUGUGGGUGUAAAUCUUACAGGAGCCGAUACCGUUAUAUUUUAUGACAGUGAUUGGAAUCCUACAAUGGAUGCCCAAGCGCAAGAUAGGUGUCAUAGAAUAGGUCAAACACGGGAUGUACAUAUCUACAGAUUAGUAAGCGAAAAGACCGUGGAAGAAAAUAUUCUGAAGAAGGCCAAUCAAAAGCGACUGCUCGGUGAUUUAGCUAUCGAGGGUGGUAACUUCACGACUGCUUAUUUCAAGAGCUCCACGAUUCAAGAUCUUUUUAAUGUCGACCAAACUGAGAGUGAUGCAACAACACGAAUGGCGGAAGUAUUGGAGCAAAAUCGAGAUCGAGAGAAAUUCCUGCAGAAGGAUGGUCAAGGAUCGUCUCAAAGCGUAGAGGAUAAAGUGGCGAUGGGUGCACUUGAAAGUGCUCUCGCUGCUGCUGAAGAGGAUCUCGAUGUCCAAGCUGCGAAAACUGCUAAAGCGGAGGCUGUUGCCGAUUUGGCGGAAUUCGACGAGAAUAUACCUUUAGACGAAGCGGAUAAAGAUGACACGCAAGUUAGCAAGGCUGAGCUUGAAGUACAAAAUUUGGUAUCUCAGCUCACGCCUAUCGAACGUUACGCGAUGAAGUUUGUCGAGGAGUCGGAAGGUGCAUUCUCAGCGGCGCAGCUUGCUGCAGCGGAACGCGAGCUGGAGGAACAGAAGAAAGAGUGGGAACUCGAUCGGUUGCGAGCGUUACGCGAGGAGGAAGAGAGGCAAAUGCGGUUGGUCGACGACGAUGAGAAACCGUUGACGUUCGGACGCGAGGACGCGCAGAAUCAGGUUAAUAGUGCUAGUAAUUCUAAGAAAUUAGUCAGUAAGAGACUCCCGCCGAGUAGAAGGAGGAGGAGGUCGCGUAGGAAUAAUAGUAAAAGUGCUCAGGAGUCGGAUAGUGAAUCCGAGACUACCACAGAGUCAGAAUCAGAGUCUCAAGAAGAUGUUGUGGAAGACAGUCUCGACGAGGAAUCGAGUCACACCGAAAGUCAGAGUCAAGGCGGCGAAGACGAGGAGGAAGAAGAGGAGGAGGAAGAUGAGGAAGAGGAGGAGGAGGAGGAGGCGAACGAUCAAAAGAAUUCCGAGCGCGGGGGCUACCGGAAACGUAAAAAUCGUUCGAACAAAUCGUUCAGUCAGAACCAUUUUGAUCUCAACAGUCCAAGAACAAGAUCCAGGGGCAACGUGAAAAUAAAUCUGUGGACGUUGGACGUGAGUCCAAUUUUACCUGGUAUAAAACCCAAGUGUCGAGGCAGAGCCAGCAAUAUGCGGAAGCAACGGGAGCUCGAGAUGAGAAUGAAAGCGGGGGAAACUUUUGUUUUGCCUUUACCGCCCACCUCGAGUCCUAAGAAGUCGAGCAACGUGAAUACGUCGGCUAAGACGGACGAAGAAACCACGUCUGCCAUCAAAGGCUCGAUCGAGAACGUUGAGAAUUGUAAAGUGGUCGCGAAUCAUUGCGGCGUGACAGUGUCUUCGUCGAAAGGAAAACUUCGGAAGAGCACGGAGACAAAAGACGAUUUUAAUUCUGUUAUCCGUUUAGAUUGUUUAGACUCGGAAGCGUGUUUUCGAUCGGAUGAUUCUGCGUCCAGUUCGUCGGAGCAACGUAAAACAUCGGAGUCCAGUGAAACGGAUAUGAAUAUCGAUAGUGUACCAUUACGGGAUCGAAUAGACGUACCUUCGGUAUGUAUCGCGCGGUCUCUGCAGAAUCCAACAGUGCACUGUAACGAUCUAGAAAACGAUGCACCUCGUAGUAGCGAAAAUACUGAAAAUCUUGACGUCAGUUUUGUUUCGCAGAACCGUGGGUCUUGUUCGCCCGCGGCAGAGACGGGCACUUUAAAAAUGAUCUCCGACUCAGAACUAACGGAAGAGAUCAACGUAUCGGAAGAUUUGUUGACAACUUCCUUGAAGAGCGAAAAAAUUGUUCAACACACGGAGGAAUUUAAAAGAAAAUCAAAUGAUAUCGAUCAUUUAAAUACGACUUUCGAGAAGAAUAAGUGUUUAAAAGAGGAACGAUCGGAGGAUAAAACCGUGGAAAAGAAUGUCGGCGAUGAUGAAAGUAGCGCGAUCAGCCAUUCGGAAACGAGCAGCUCUGUCGAGACGAAUGCGAACGCGAACGCGAACGCGAACGUAAAACAGCUGACGAGUAAGGAGCAUUCGGACGAUAGUGUCGUGAAUUCACGCGCAAAGAACGAGGCCGCUAACGGAAACGUAUGUAUCUCUGUGAUAGAAACAAGCUCUAGUCAGGAGGUCGGUAGCGAAGACAACAAAUGCGAGAAAUCGGUCGAGGACGAACGAAAAGUUCGAUCGGUCUCGUCCACGCGUAGUAACGACAAUAAAUCUCCACCUCCUUCCGCGGAUUGUUACGAUUCUUGCGACUCUGCCGACUCUGAUCUUAACGUAGAGGAUAAAAUCAAAUUUCGAAAACCGGACACAGGAUUGUACGGAGUGACCACGAGAAGCGGUAGAAUAAUCGCUGCAGACAAUUCUGAAGGCAAAGACACGGAUACGCAGGUAUCGUUGAGCGAAAGAAAGCAUCAUCAAGGAAGCGAAGUUCCAAGUUUGAGUAGCGCGCGAAAAGAAUUGAGUAAGGUGUCGGCGAUAAAGAGACCGGAUACACCAAGGCCUAGCAUGGAACAAGGUAGAAUCACGAGGUCGAGUGCGGGUCGUUCUUUCACGCCUCCACCGAGCAACAGCCCCGCGAAAUCUUGUUACAGAAAACGACCCGACACUCCUUUCCCGGAAUGUUUUAAGUCCUCUCCGCGGCCAGUGACGAGAUCAUCGGCCACGCCCGUGAAUUCGCCGGUACGAAACGAGGAACAGAGCGCCGUGUCGUCGUACGAAAAACCUACCACUCGCAGUUCCAAGUCCUUGGACAACGGUUUCGUGAAUCCUGCCCUCCCGUUUCGUAGAAGUAGCUCGAUACCACCGAUGAAACCGGUAUUUGAUGCGAAAGACCCUGGCAGCCUUACCGUGACCAGGUCGAAAAGGGUCAGCGAGUCUUCGAGCGUGAACGUAAGCGCUACGAAAAGACGACCGGACACGCCAGUUCCUACUUUUGAACAGAUGUCAAGAGUCACUCGAUCUGGUUUGAGUUUCACGGUGAAUUCGGGGAAAUCGGGCUCGAAUCACGUGACCCCGAUCAGGGGCGUGAAACAAACUCGGAAAUCGGACUCGUCUUGCGACUCGAAGACACAGGAAUCGUCCCUCUCGACCACGAACACGGAUUCGAACGGAAACGCUGUCGCUUCGGAGGAGAUCACGAAACCGGACAAUUCGAGUUUCGUUGAAACGAACGAGAAGCCACAGCGGACCGCCAAGGUGGUCGCGAUUCUUACUCUGGAUACCAGAAACAAUCUCGCGAAAGCAUCCGGUUCCGUUUACGGGAAGUCUUCGAACUGCAACGACGCGAAAAACGCCAAGAAGAGCAGCGGCACCGACUCUAAUUCCACCGCGCCCGACUCCCCGGGAAAGAAUUGUUUGCUGCGGAUUUCGGACGUGACUUCCAAUUGUAAAUUAGACGGAUGGUGCGGUUCCGGAGUGGACGCUGGCUCCAGGGAUCAUCGUGUGGCCACCGGCGUACUCUCGAACGUGGAAAGUACUUACACGAAUUCCGGAAAAACGGGAAAAGCCUCGACGGCGAUGAACAAAAGCGCGUCGUCGUUGAACUCGAAACUUAAAACGGACAAAGUUCCGUUGCCUGUACAGUCGACGGUGAUAGCGUUGGUCGAUCUGGACAACGAUCCUAAUUACGACUCGUCCGACGGGUCGAAGAGGUUAAGAAGAAAAAUUAAACGUACGCGAUUAACGCAGGCGCAAGUAGUCGACACGUUGGACGACGAAGAGGAACAGAUACCGCCGUCGAAGAGGUCUGUUCGUUCUCAGUUACCGCCUCCUCCUCCCCCUCCUUCUUCGCAGACGGCUCAAUUGGAAAAGAUAAGUAGCGGCACCGUGUCUUGAGUCUCGCUGAAACUAUCGCUGCGAUAUUUAGCGGCGCGUUUGUAUAAAUAUUCCUCGACGGGAUUCGAGCACGCGCGAACGCCAUUUCGGACCGUGGGUUCGGAAACGGCGCGCGCGUGUAACCCGAGUUAUCAAAUUCUUUUUUCUUUUCUUUGUUUUUCACGUAAUCCUCUUGUAUAUAUACGCAUAACCGAAGAAAGGAAAAGAUGAAAAAGUGAGAAAUUCUCUUUCGUUGUACCAAGUACACGCGUGUAAUAUUUUUAGCAUUGUAAAUUUUGUGCUCUUCUGUAAAGGUUUCCCCCGUGAACGCCUUUAAGCGACAUUGUAAUUUAUACUUGGUAAUAAGAGAAAGAAAAGAAGAAGCAAAACACAUCCACGACUGUAUAAUAUUAGAGAUAAUAACGAGAAUUCACAAACACGUAAACACACACGCAUACAAAACAACACGUACACGUACACGUACGCAUUAUAACUUAGUUCGUUAGCGACGUCGCAAAGAUUAAUCGCGAUUCGCGAUCGUUUUUGCGACGAUCGAUCGUAUAAAAGAAAAAAGAAAAUGGAAUAAUAGACAGUCGAGAUCGGAGGUAACAGGAAACGGUAAACAAAACAAAAAAAAAAAGAAGUAAUACCGUGAAUGCGCCGUACUUUGCUCUCGUGUAACGCUUUGUACAUUACAUAACUCGCAAGGUGACGACCUGAUUACAUGCUAGACUUAAGGAGUUACUCGUUUAAUGGUAUGCCCCACUGUAAUAUUUAAGUUGCGUGCCUGUAUUUUGUAUGAUCGAGUGAGUCCGAGGAAGGAAAUAAACAAAAUAUUCCUUGCUACGAAGACGAUGUGUUUUCUUAUUUCUUGGUACGUUUCCAAGUCUGUUCGAUCAAAGGUUCAGUUCCGUUUUGGUGUCAAAUUUUGCUCAGUGUGCUUGGUUAUAUAUACACAUACGUCGAGAUCAUCGAACGAAAGACGAUCUUGCGUUCUCGCGAUGUUUGGUGUGGCAAGGCUAACAUGACCGCACAUUAAAUAGAAAAGAAAUACAGAUUUUUUGCAACUCAGAUGAUAUAUAGCAUGCAGUAGAAAGCUCCAAUAAUUAUUUCGAAAAUGGCACCAAAACACUGCCUUUGCCAUUCCAAACUUGGAGUCAGCCAAGGUAUAAGCAGGCACAUUAAUGAGCGUCUUGCACAACAUUCGAGAUCAAAGUGACUUGAAGGAAUUUACGCGAGAUCGAAGUAAACGAGAUGUUUAAAGAAAGACGAAUGAGCCUUUGAACGAGCAAAGUGUUAUGUACACUUCCUAUUCAUUUCCUAGAUAUUCCAAGAUCGUUUAUUUGUUCGGUUUACGUUGCAUUCUUGUGACUUUACUUUUAACCAAAGUAUUACGAAGAUACGCGUUAAGACGAAGAGGAAACCAGUUUCGUUCAAAGUUCUUCGAAUAUUUGCAUAAUUCAAAAUUAAAUACAGUGUGCACCACGCUCAUGCUUUGCAAACUUUCUUUUAAGUCUUCUCGAAGCAGAUUUUUUA